AGCUGCAAAUAAGCCUGUCAACUGGUCUUCCUUGCCAGAUGGAAUGCUUAGACGAACGAUUCGUCUGGCGUUUCUAACUUCUAUUGCUUUACUAUUACAAAAAUUAGAGUGUGGACUUGGUGCAUUUUACCCGACAAUGGACGCAGAAGUGAUUCUUCAAAGUCAAGGAACUUUAUGGUAUCCGAGUUGGUGUUCAUUAACACAGGAUAGUCAAGGGAGAGUGAUAGGAACCUCGACCUCCGUUUCAGAUUUCUUAUCGUCUCUGGUACGUAUAUUCACCAGCUUUGAUAACCAACAACAGUUGAACGAUAACAGUAUGCUAUGGACUAUGCCUUUGCAAUUAUGGGGAAUGUUGUAUGUCAUGAUGUGCAUGCCAAUCGUGAUCAAUCUGAACGCUCCCAGAAGAUUUAUCUUUUACGCAAUCAUGAUCGUUCUUCUCGGAUUCACUUAUUCUCAAUAUCUAACCUUCUUUAUCGGAAUGGUAGUGGCCGAUUUGCGUGCUUCAGGCUUGAUCAAGAAGCUACAACAUCGCUCGAGGAUUGCUUUCUUAUCUGUGGAACUACUUUUGGCAGCAACGUUCUUCGUCUUUUUGUGUUACAAUACCAUCGAAGGCUCAAUCGUUCGCGCAAUCUCUCCAACAACAUUUGAUCGAGGCGUGAUGGGAGUGGAUACACAAGAGGAUGAUUUUGCAAGGCAACCUAUGGUUCUAUUUCGCGCUUCACUUCUUUAUAUUUGGCUAGAAAUGUCGGUCACUUUACAGUUCUUGGUUGACAACUUUUUUUUACGAGCGAUUGGAAGAGUAGGAUUUGGAUUCUAUGUUUCACAAAUGUCGGUGCUUUAUCUUGUCAUUCCUCCAAUGGUUUCAAAGUACCAUGAAAGUGGUGAUCUAUAUUGGAACGGUAUCAUUUGCACUUGGCUCGCUUGUUUUACCACAAAUUACGUUGUAGCUUGGAUCUUAACCAAAACUGUUGACAGAAUGGGUCAAAUAUUUUCUACAUGGAUAUCGAAAACAAUGGCAAGAGAAGGCUUUAUCGGCUUGAUUCGAGAAGGAUUGAAAAAUACUUUCAAUGCGAUAUGCUAUCUUCCGCGAUUAUGUACAACUGAUUUUGCCAAAUCAGUCUCCAGUAAAGGAUCCAAGACAAGAAGCUUCUGUCAUAAAGUUGCUAAUUGGAGAACGCCGGUGCCAAUUGUCCCGCCUCCUGAACAUCCACUUCAUUAUGGAUUGAAUCAAAACGAGUUACACUCCACUUUGUUCGAUGCUGAUAUCUCUAAUGAUGAACAAGCCGUUCGAACAAGGAAAGUUCUUCGUAUUUGGUCCUACAUGGCACCAAUCAAUGCUUUAAUCAUUUCUGGCAUUGCCUUAACCUGGGGGUUACUCAAUCCUUGGCAUGGAUUCACAACCAAGAAUGUGGUAUCAUUCAGCGCAAUAUGGCGGGCUAUGUGGUUGUUUGCCGUUCCAUAUUGCAUUAUCACUUUUAUCGGUUUUGCAACGCCUGAUAUCACCAGAACGCCCGAACAACAGAAGAAACAACCGGUCAAAAGAGAAUUUAUCCGAAACUUCUACAUUCUUUCAGUCACAAGAGGUAGCAACCCAGAAGCCACGAGAAGAGCACACUCGAAAUUGAAGAAACUGGAGCAAUACCAUCCUGCCGUGCGUGUUUGCGUUUUGACCGAUGAACCGUAUGUUUAUCCCGAUUUGGAUAACAUCGUUUGUCCAAAAAGCUACGUUUCUCCAAAAGGCUUGGCAAAACACAAAGCCAGAGCUCUUGACUACUUCCGCCAUACGAUGCAAUUAGGACCGUACGAUUUCGUUUUGCACAUGGACGAAGAAUCAACAAUGGACGCAGAAUCACUUCGUGGCUGUUUCGAUUUUGUACGUUACACCACUCAUCAUAUGGGUCAAGGAAUCAUCAUUUAUAAUGGUCACAAUUAUUGGGCAAAUUGGAAAGCUUGGCUAUUUGCUGUGGCUGAUACUAUUCGUGUUGGAGAUGAUUUGGCGCGCUUUUCACUUCAAACAAAUGUUAUCCAUCGUCCCGUUUUUGGCAUCCAUGGUAGCUUUUUGCUGCUCAAUGGAGAAGCUGAGAAUGUGGUGGGUUGGGAUUUCUCAAGUUUAGCAGAAGAUUUCGAGUUCAGUCAAGCUGCAUGGAUGAAAGGCUUCACUCUCGGUCGUAUUCAUGGUGUUGUACGAGAACAAUCACCCGAGGGAUUUCAAGAUAUGCUUAAACAAAGAAGACGUUGGUACAUGGGCAUCCGUCAAAUCAGAGGAGUGUAUUAUCUUCCACAAUUGGGCAUCAAAUUGUGGACUUUGGGUUUGUUCUGUCUGGUUGCAACGGUUGCCAAUUUGCUUUUUUCACUCUUGAUACAAUGGUCAGGUCCAUCACCGAUGUGGAUUUAUACUUUGAGCGUUUUCUGUUUUGGUGCAUUUCAAUGGCUCUAUUCAGGUGGUCUGCUAUUUCAAGAAAUGGAUUACGGCUAUAAAUUACGAGAUGCAUGGCAAGUGCCCCUACACUUUCUCGCCCUCAUCGUCAUUCAGCCAUUCAUGGCAGCUGUUGAAGCUUGUGCUGUUGUUUGGGCAAUGUCUACCGAAGAUGGAGAAGUUGGCUUCCAAGUGGUGAAAAAGUGAAGAUGCAAUCGUACUGUACAAUAGGUGUAAAUGAC